AACAUAUUUUCAAUCUGCCAACUUGCCAAAAAUCUAUUGAAAAUUGAACAAAAUGGACCCAGGCCAAGGGUGCUAAUGUAAAUUGUAUUAUUUACCUUUAUUUAAUUGUUUUUGCCUGAAAAGGUAAGGUAAAAUGAGUGUUUUUAAAUCAGCAAUGGGCUACUUCAGCUCUAGUGGUGCUAAUGGUGGCAGUGACAAUGAGUUUGUGGGGCAGUUUGUUGAAAUCGGGAAUAUGAAAUUGAGGGUAAAGAAAGUGAUAGCAGAAGGUGGUUUUGCUUUCGUUUUUGUUGCUCAAGAUGUGUCUAGUGGCACUGAAUAUGCCCUCAAAAGGCUAAUGGCAGCAGAUGAACAAGCCAAUAAGAACAUUAUUCAAGAAAUUAGCAUAUUAAAAAAGUUGUCUGGGCAUCCCAAUGUUAUCAAAUAUAUUGCUGCCUCCUUUAUUGAUAAAUCCAAAACCUCCCAUGGUAUGGGAGAGUAUCUCUUGCUCACUGACCUGUGUAAUGGUGGAAGCUUGAUGGAGGCUUUACAGCACCGAGGGACAGCCUUUCCACUCCAGACUAUAUUAAGGGUAUUCUACCAAACAUGCAGAGCAGUACAACACAUGCACGCCCAAGUUCCUCCAAUAGCACAUAGGGAUCUCAAGCUAGAAAACUUUUUAAUAUCUAAUGAAGGUGCAAUAAAGCUAUGUGAUUUUGGGUCAGCAACUACAGAAGUGUAUGCGCCAAACCCCUCCUGGAGUGCCAACCAAAGGAAUAUGCUAGAAGAAAAUUUGGCUCAAUUUACUACACCAAUGUAUAGAGCACCAGAGAUGCUGGACACAUGGGAUAACAGAAAGAUUGACCAUUCAGUGGAUGUGUGGGCCCUCGGUUGCAUCCUAUAUACUCUAUGCUAUAUGCAACAUCCAUUCGAAGACUCUGCCAAGUUGGCCAUACUGAAUGGAAACUACACACUCAACCCCAACGAUCAACGCUUCAAGUGCUUUCACGAAAUUAUAAAUGGGUGUCUGACAGUAAACCCCGAAGAGCGCAUGUCGAUAAGCGGCAUCCUGGAGCGGCUGGCGGCGAUAGCGGAGUCCAACAAUAUCAAUCUCAAGCAACCACUCAAAUUUGAGCGUAAAAAAGUUGAACAAUCAGUGGCCACUAGCUCGCCAGCCGGCAACAGCACAGCGCCAAUCAGCCAGAGUCAAGAGCCGUCGCGGCCUCCGGAGCCGGUGCGGCCGCCGCCCCCGUCCCGCCCCCCCGCCGCGCCGCAGUACCACCCGCCCCCUCAAGCCCCCAUGAAUUCGGGGGGUGGCCUGUUUUCGUCCAUCAAAGGAGGCGCUGGUAGCUUCCUGAAGAAUUUGAAAGACACCUCGUCCAAGGUUAUGCAGACUGUUCAACAGAGCAUAGCACGGACAGACCUGGAUAUAAGCUACAUAACUAGUCGGAUUAUUGUAAUGCCUUACCCUUCAGAAGGCUUAGAAAGCGCUUACAAAACUAAUCACAUCGACGAUGUCCGGGCAUACCUCGAGAGUCGUCACCCCGGCAACAAAUACUGCGUCUACAGCGCACACCGCGGCGGCCGCCUACAGUUCGCCAGAUCUGUCCACGUGACCGACGCUUGCGCAGCGCUGUUCCCGACGCCUGCGCAUAAAGCGCCGCUACUGUCGCCCUUCUAUGCGCUCUUGGAGAAUCUGUACCAGUAUCUGGGGAAGGAUGAUAAGAGCGCGGCUGUUAUUACUUGCCAGGACGGCAAGACGAUGUCAUGCAUGAUCCUGUGCGGACUCCUUCUAUACUCCAAGCUGGUGACAGUGCCAGAAGACGCGCUGCAGAUAUUCGCCGUGAAGCGAAGCCCCAUCAACAUGCCCGCGAGCCAGCUUCGCUAUCUGUACUACCUUAGCAAUAUUGUUCGACCAGACCCAAUUUUACCUCAUUUUAGGCCAGUAACUUUAGUCACCCUCACCAUUCAGCCAGUACCUCUGUUCACGAAAGCUCGUGAUGGUUGCCGACCUUACGUCGAAAUAUACAAUGAAGAUAGACUAGUAUUAUCUACGCUUCAAGAUUACGACAGAUUGCACCUAUACACCGCGGCCGAAGGAAAGGUGUCCCUGCCGUUAGACACGACGGUGACGGGCGACGUGCUAGUGUGCGUGUACCACGCGCGGCACCAACUCGGCCGCGUGCACGGCGUGCCCAUGAUGUCCUGCCAGCUGCACGCCGGCGCGCUGCGUCCGGACCAGCGCACGCUGCGCCUCAACAGAUCCGAGCUAGACGGCAUAGACGAGUCGUCCUACAACGACCACUACCCAGGCAACGUGUCGGCCAUGAUCAGCCUGGUGGUGCAGACCACGGAGCGCCGCAAGCCGCGUUGCGCUCUGUGGGAGGACGACCACUCGUUCCCGAUCCGGACGCCUGAUGUGCUGUUCUCGACUGCGUUGGAGAAGGACGAGACUAUUGAUAACUUUGCUAAUCUACGCGGAAAUGCCUCAGCAAAUCCGAAAAUACUGACGGCAGAUUACCCACAGAAAGAGAAAGAGAAGCCGUCCCGUCCCGCUCCCCCGUCCCCGCAGCCGCCGCGCCGCCCGCCGCCCCCCAAAACAGAUAUAACCCAGCCAAAUACAAUACCCACCGAAACUACGGCCGAUUUCCUAAACCUCAACACUUCUAAUUCGGCUGCGCAGCAAAAGCCGAAAGAAGAGAAAAAGUUGAAGAGCGGCGAUUCGUUUGACUUCUUCGGGUUGAUGGAGAAGAGUACUGAUGAGGCGUUCGGAGAUUUCUUGAGUGGACAGAAACUCGUUGAUAAUCCAGAGCCAUUUUCAUCGCAGCCCAUGUUCAGUGAUCUCCCGCCGCCGGCCACAGAGAGCGGUGAAAAGAAGUCCACUGAUCCGUUGGGAUUUGAUCCGUUCGGACUCAACGAGCCAAUGAAACAGGAGCCUAUUCCCGUGCUCACUCCUAUGCACGCUGCCGGGGAAGAAACCCGCUCCCAAAGCGCGCCUCUAGACCAGCCCAAAAAGGACCCCUUCUCUGACUUGACGUCGCUCGGAGCGACUAUGCCCGCCGCCGCGUCCGCCUCGGCGCGCGCCUCGCCCGCGCACACGCCCGCCGCCGCCUCGCCCGCGCACCAGCCCAGUUACAACCGUCAGCACUUCGAGCCAGCCAAGACACCAGCCGAAGACAAAGCGAAGAAGCCAAUGGACGUAUUCGGCGACCUGCUGGGCAGUCAGGGCUACGAUUUUGCCGCCAAGAAAGAGUCUGGGCCAAAGACCAUAAACGCGAUGCGGAAAGAAGACAUGGUCAAAGUUAUGGAUCCUGAGAAGCUGAAGAUACAGGAAUGGACGGAAGGCAAGAAAGCGAACAUUCGCGCGCUCCUCUGCUCUUUACACACGAUCGUGUGGGACGACUGUCGCUGGACGCCGUGCAACAUGGCGCAGCUCGUCUCCGCCGCCGACGUCAAGAAGGCGUAUAGGAAGGCGUGUCUCGCAGUGCACCCUGAUAAGCAAAUGGGAACACCCAACGAAAACAUCGCCAAAAUGAUCUUCAUGGAACUGAACAAUGCGUGGAGCGAUUUCGAGAGUGAUGCCAAACAACAAAACCUGUUCUCUUAACGCGCCACUUCCAUAAAUUUCUUCAUCUGUUCAUAUUUCCCAUUGUUAAUGCUAAAGCCCCCGAGCUUGGAUCUCGUACUUAUUAUAAUUCACAUGAUAGGGAUGAAAACUGAGAAAACUUUGGCAGCACUGUCGAUACAGGUGAACAAAAUGGCUGCUGUAUCACCCAAUCACAUAAGUUUUCCUGUUUUCAUCACCACGGCUGUAUCAGUUUUGACGCUGUACACGUCUCGAGAUCCUGUUUUAGGUAUAUAAAAGGCAUGGAUUAUAAUCUUCCAAGAUAUUUGUUUCGAUGCGCCUAAUUAAACAAUCAAAUAUGUUUGUUUGGUAGUUCUAGCAAAAUGUUAUAGACAUGCACAAAGCAAUGCGAUAUAUGGUUCAGGUACAAAACCCCAGUGUUAUUUUACUUUAUUUUGAGAAUAAAUAUUAUGGUAAUAUUUAUAAUCCAAUUAAACUUAACGAUGCUAUAUUUUAUCAACUUCUAUUGUAAUCUUUAUUAACUUUAAGGGGGAUUAGAGCAAACUAUUGUAUCUGCUAAAUAUUCUAUGCAUUUUAAUUAAUUAGCUUUAGCGUUCAUGUUAUUAUUUUAAGAGAGGAUAAUUUAGUCGGAAAGGUUUCUAAAUUGCACUUUAUCUUCUAGGGGUAAGGUUAAUUUUAAAGUAUUAAUCUUGGAUAAUAACAAUAAUUUGUCAUUAAAAUUACUUUAUAAGCUUACUCUGAAUGUAAUAUUUCUUGAGUAUCCAGAAUAUACUUACUUAUAAAUAAUGUAAGUAAUUGUUGAGUACAUAAUAGUGGAAAUUAAAUUUCAUAAAUGUUGCAAUAUGUGUGUAUAGGGUGUGCGUUAAAAUUAUGGAACAAGUAAUUUAGGACGUGAUAUUAAUGUUUACGAUAGAAUUACAUAAUAAUGGUGUUUAUUUUAUUUAGUUCAAAUCUCAGUUAGAAAUCGAUCCUCAGUUUGUUAAAACUCUGGUAGAGGUAAUCCAUAAGUCUGUACAUUCCUUCUUUUGAUUACAUGUUAAGCUUUAAACCUGUAUAAUUUUCAUCGAAAAUGGUUGUUACGAUUUCAUAUAUUUUUGUACAAAUGGCAGUAUCUGAUUCACAGUGAUUAUCCGUAUGUUUCUUCUUGUAUAAAUGGUUCUAAAUGUUCCAUUAAUGUAUCUUGUAGUUAUAAACUGUUCUAUUAUCAGAAACCACUUCUUAGUCUUUCUUUUAUCAGAAAUUGACCCGAGCUGAGAAAGUAAUGAAGUGUACUUUCCAUCAUUUGUACCGCUUCCAAUCUGUGUGGAGCUAUAGUUUAUCAUUUAACAGAGGAAUUAGUUAUGCCAGAAUUUGAUAAUCUAUCAACUCCAAUUUGGACAUGAUAUCCAUCCGAUAAGUCUUAAAAUUGGGGAUUGAGAUAAAUUAUUUAUCUAUUGGAGGCACUCAAUGUAUGAGAGUGAAAGAGAUAGUGCUAUGAUUUAUUUUUAAAUUCUAUUCAAUAGAUAAUAAAGUUAUGGAGAUUAGAAAAUAUGUAUAUUUUGCUUUCAAAAUGAAUGGAUGUCUAGUUAAGACAAUUUGUUCCAAAAUAAAUUUUGCAAUGGC